AUGCGACUCCAUGCUCUGCUAAGCCUCGCAUCGCUGCUCCCCUCAGCACUCGCCGUCUUCGCCGAUGAUGCCUACCACGUCGACUACCACCACGCACUGCUAGGCCUUCCCCAGCAGCACACCAGCUUUUUCCAGCAACCGUAUGCAGGCUCGAAAGCCGCCCUCAUCUACACGCUCUCGGACAAGCUUGUGUUGGGCGCAGUAAAUCCAAAAGACGGACACAUAGUCUGGCGGCAAUCGUUGGCUUCGUCAGACGCUAUCAAGAGCUGGCUGAGGGCUGGCCAAGGGCAAGAUACAGUGGUGGCCGCUGUGGGUAGUCAUGUUACUGCAUGGAGCGCUGCGGAUGGAAGAUUGGUUUGGAGUGCCGAGUCUCUAUCAGGACCUGUUCAGGACCUGGAGAUAAUAGAGAUUGAGGACAGCGAGGUAUCUGCGGGUCCGAAAGAUGUAUUAGUCCUCUUCAAUGCUAGCACCCCUGUGGUGAGCCGGCUAGACGGGAAGACUGGCCAAGUCAAGUGGAGCUUUGAGGAUGAGAGUGGAGACGCACCUCUUCAAGUACUAGCCUCAGGAGCCGGCAUCCACUACGUCUCCCUGCACACCACUCUUCUCGGCGGACUGAAGAUCAAAGUGGUGUCUCUGGACCAGUCGACUGGACACAAAACCGACCAAUACAGCCUGAGCUCUGAGAGUGACCUGUCAUCUGUAGAUUCGAUACUGUUCGUUGGGGCCAAUUCCGCCUCUCCAAUCCUAGCGUGGACGGACAAAUUCAGCAGGGCACUGAAGGUCAACAUCGUGGGCACGAAGAGCGUGGCUUCACUAGAUAUCGAAGGCAAGGAUGGUGUGGGGAUCGAUACGAUCUCCCUCCAUGCCCCGCUUGCAACUAACUCAAUGCCGCAUUUUCUGGUUCAGAUUCAGACAGCUCAAAGCCACUGGGCCGAUGUGUAUCACAUCGACCUGAAACGUUCGUUGAUCUCAAAAGCCUACUCACUUCCCAGAGUGGCCGGCAAGGGAGCUUUCGCAACAAGUACAGUGGAUGCAAACGUCUAUUUCACGAGAAUCACGGCCGACGAGGUCACUGUUGUAUCGUCCGUCUCGCACGGCAUCCUCGGACGCUGGCCAUUAAAGGCGACGGCAGUACCCGAUCUCAGUGAUCAGCCAUAUCCCGUUUCGGCUGUCUCGGAGGUAGUUUCUCGAUCUGGUUCUGCCCAAGCCGUAAGGUCGGCUGUGCUGUUCUCUAACGGAGAAUGGGCCCUCAUCCGCAACGGCGAAGUGACAUGGUCACGCCCAGAGGCACUCGCAGGCGUUACGGCUGCCAUUUGGGCAGAGCUUCCCGAAACGGAAUCUCUGGCAGACCAGCUGGAGAUUGAGAGCCAUGGAAACAUACUAGCCGCUUACAUUCAUAGGGUGAAAAGACACGCUGGAGACCUGCAAUAUCUCCCCGGGUGGCUUCAGAAACUUCCCAGCAGGAUCCUUGCCAACUUCUCCGGCGGCAGCACGAGGAGGCCUCUAGAUGGUUUGCAGAAAGAUAGCUUCGGCUUCCGUAAGCUGAUCGUCGUCGCCACUGAGAAAGGCCGCAUGGCCGCCCUCAAUGCCGGUGGUUCAGGAAAGAUCCUCUGGAGCAUGGACACCGUUCCUCUGACUGCAGAGGAGAAGUGGACACCGCAGCUGCGGACCUCGUCUGGUGGAGCCAUAGCCGUUCAUGAUCAGGCGAGAGGAUUAAGUCUGUUAAUCGACGCAGCUACUGGAAAACUGCUUCCUGUAGAUCCUCACGUCAACUCAGCCUUUCGACACCCUUCUACUGGCGCUGCAGUCGUGUCGUACUCCUUAGCUGAGGGCGAGGUACGAGCGCAUACACCCGGCCAGGAAAAUCCCAUUCCACUAUGGCGAUUCCUGCCUGCGACAGACGAGAGCAUCCUCGAUAUCACGCCUCGGCCCGCUGAUGACCCCGUGGCAUCCAUCGGCAAGGUCCUAGGCGACCGACGAGUACUAUACAAGUAUCUCAAUCCCAAUCUUGUCCUGGUCACCGCUGUACACAGGACUGCAAGCACGCUGUCAGUCUACCUGCUGGAUUCGACAUCUGGCGAUGUCUUAUACACCGCCAGCCACAGCGGGGUCGACGUAACCCGCAAAAUCACUUCCGCCAUCUCAGAGAACUGGUUCACGUACUCCUACACGCUUGACGUCUCCUCGAGCUCACUGUCCCGAGGCCACCAGCUAGUAGUUGCGGAGCUGUACGAGUCCGCCAUCCCCGACGACCGAGGGCCGCUAGAUACAGCCGCCAAUUACUCAAGCUUUCAGCCAGCGGCUGCGCCUGGGGACGUAGCCAAGCCACAUGUUGUAUCCCAGACAUUCCAGAUCUCGGAGGAGAUCUCAAAGAUGUCCGUUACUCAGACACGGCAAGGUAUUACCUCGCGGCAGCUCCUGGCCGUUCUGCCAGAAUCGAACUCCAUCGUAGGCAUACCGCGGAAUGUCAUCGAUCCACGCCGUCCGGUGGGCAGAGACCCGACCCCUGCAGAGGUUACUGAGGGGUUGGUCAGGUACUCACCGGUUGUUGACUUUGAUCCCAAGUGGUAUCUGAAUCACAAGCGGGAGGUUUUCGGCAUCGUUGGGCUCAUCACGAGCCCUUCGUUAUUAGAGAGCACGAGCUUAAUUUUUGCCUACGGCCUUGAUUUGUUCGGGACGAGGGUUACACCCAGCUUCUCCUUUGAUGUGCUGGGGAAGGAUUUUAAUAAAUUGCAGAUGCUUGCGACUGUAGUCGCGCUUUUCGUUGGGGUGAUGUUUGUUGCGCCGUUGGUUCGGAGGAAACAAAUCAACUCGCGCUGGCAGAUUACAUAG